GUUUCAAUUUCGUGUUUUUUUUACUAACUGCGCUGUUGACGUCCUUAAACUAAAAAACUUGACUAAUUUAUAACCCGGCAUUGUAAUUGGUCUUACAACAACGAUCCCAGAUCUCCCUUGGGUCGUCAAACCUCCUCAGUUACUAUUGUCAGCGAGAAAUAAGAAUGCAGUGGUACUUCGUUGCAGCUCUUCUCACUCUCCUCACCAGUUCCCAGGGAAUUUUGACAACACUCUCACAAACUCAUGGCAGUUACACAUAUGAUUAUGCUACCGUCCCAUUUCUUGCAGAAAUAUUCAAGCUUCUGGUGUCCAGUUUCUUCCUUUGGAAAGAGUGCAAGUCAUCAAGUCCUCCAAGGAUUACCACGGAAUGGAGGACUGUGUUGUUAUUUCCAAUUCCUUCUAUCAUAUAUCUGAUCCACAAUAAUGUUCAGUUUGCUACGUUAACUUAUGUGGAUCCAUCAACAUACCAGAUAAUGGGCAAUCUCAAAAUCGUGACAACUGGUAUCUUAUUCAGGCUGUUCCUGAGGAGGAAACUGUCAAACUUACAGUGGAUGGCAAUUGUAUUAUUAGCUGUUGGAACAACUACAAGUCAGGUGAAGGGUUGUGGAGAAGCAUCAUGUGACUCUCUCUUCUCAGCUCCUAUACAGGGAUACAUGCUGGGACUCCUGUCUGCCUGCCUUUCAGCACUAGCUGGUGUUUAUACAGAAUACUUAAUGAAGAAGAACAAUGACAGCCUUUACUGGCAAAAUGUACAAUUAUAUAUGUUUGGCGCUAUCUUUAACAUGGCACGACUUCUUUUGGAUGAUUUUAGAGUUGGAUUUGAGAAGGGACCAUGGUGGCAACGCCUUUUAAAUGGUUACUCUACCACCACUUGGAUGGUUAUAUUAAAUUUAGGAUCUACCGGGUUGUUGGUGUCAUGGUUGAUGAAAUAUGCGGACAAUAUUGUGAAGGUAUAUUCAACAUCAAUGGCGAUGCUGCUAACAAUGAUUUUAUCCAUAUUCCUUUUUAAUUUCAAGCCUACUGUACAGCUCUUCUUGGGCAUAGUUAUCUGCAUGAUUUCAUUGCACAUGUACUUUGCUCCAGUGCGCAUGCUCGUAGAUUUGCCAAUUACAAAGGCACCAACUGACACGCUAAAUGAAGUUGUGUCAAACGAGCAGGAGAAUCAUAAUGUUGGAUAUCCUAUUAACAGAGUUCCCACAUCUCUACCACUCAGCUCCCAGAAGGAUCUAGUGAUGGAAAAACCGAAAGUGUGAAGUCUUGGAGCAUCAGACUAUGCAAAUAUAAAAGAGCAAGUUCAUCUGGGCAAGCAGCCGUCAGCCUACAGCAUCAGGCACCUCUGUUUUAAAAAUGGCAAAGUCAUGCCGUAAGGCAUACCCUCUCUAAAGACACCAGAGGUAUGAGUAGGGCUGCCUCAGUGCACUUUGAGCUUCUCUUGCCGAUCUGUGGACUCAAUUUCCGUAUAUUUCUUUUCUUUCUUUCUUUCUUUCUUUCUUUCUUUUUUUUCAAAUUGAUAUAGAAGUCAUACUUUGUUUUAGUCUUUUAGACAUUCAAAAUUUUGAGGAUACUCGGAAUUGCAUGAUUGGACGUGAUCCUCUCUUCAGGAGCCUUGUGCACUGAGCUUUUUUUUUUUUUGACUAUUUUAAUACUGAUAAAAUGCACUUGUUAGGAAAGAAACAGUUAU